AUGGGUGAUCCAGACAUUACCACAGUUCCUCGAUGUUCUACCAGAGUUUCUCGUCCACCGAAUCGGUAUGAUUUCUCCCAUAUGUCUCUUCAUGUUACUUUGUCUUCCAUUCCCAUUCCGUCAGGUCAUUCUAAGGUGGCUAAACAUGACUGUUGGCGUACGACGAUGACCGACGAACUUCGAGCUCUUCAUGAUAAUCAUACAUGGGAUGUUGUCCCUUGUCCUGCUCAGCUUAAAGCUAUUGGUUGCAAAUGGGUUUAUUCUAUCAAGUUGCGUUCUGACUGGACUUUGGAUAGGUAUAAGGCCCGAUUGGUUGCGCUUGGCAAUAGGCAAGAGUAUGGGGUGGACUAUCCUGACUUUUGCUCCAGUUGCCAAGGACUGUCCUUUCUAUUGUUGCAUCCCAAGGAUGGACUCUACCUUGAUCAUCCAACUGCGACUGCAGCAUCUUCAAGCCUCAUUUCAUAUGAAGGAUCUUGGUCCUCUUACAUACUUUUUGGGGCAGGAUGUCUUGAUAUGCGACAAUCUGUUAUGGGCUGGUGCAUAUUUCUUUAUGACUCUUUGAUAUCUUGGAAGAGUAAGAAACAAGAUCGUGUUUCCAAAUCUUCCACCGAAUACUAUGCGAUGUAUGCUGCUUGUUCUGAGAUUCUCUGGCUUCGUGGUCUCCUCGUUGAGAUUGGUUGCGUUUAG